GAGAGGCCAGUACGCUUUUAACCCCUUGGGUACCUUACAAUCACAGCCAUCCUGAAACUGCCGGGUAGGGCAACAGGUACGCAUGCUUUUUCCUCGUGUGUAUGUUUUCUUCAAAUGAUGACACUAGUGCAGACCUCUGCGUAGUUUGAUCUGUCGACCUAACGAGCUACAUGUAUUUGGGUCAGAGAAGACAUUGUUUUCCUGUACCUUUAAGAGUGAGGCGCAGUGUGCAGGACUACACUGGGGACGUAAAUUCAAACACUUGGCUCCUCCUAAUUUUACGGUUUCGUUUCCUGGAGGUCGAGUCUGUCGUGUUGUUGACAAAAACACGUAACAAAUAUCGUUUUUUACUGGGCAAAAUGGGUCAGUCGUUGCCGACCCUGGACUGCGAGCCCUCGGUGUGUCCUUUGUGCCACGGUAUAUGUCGGAAUCCGACCGCGCUGAGAUGCAAACAUAUUUUCUGCUACUGCUGUAUACAGGAGUUAUGGAGUGGUUCGCCCACCGGUCCAUACUACUGCCCCGAGUGCAAGGAGGAGUACAAGACAUUACCGGUGGGGUUCAAGAGAGACACUACCGCAAGUCCGUGGCGACAUGAAGCGCCUGCACAUACACGCACAGCCACAGAAGGCAGAGCCAAUGAAGAGGAUGUCAUUGAGAUCAAUUCGGAGGGCUGGACCCUUGGGAAGGGGUCCAAGCGUCUGUUAGGGAAGAGACCAGCCAGUUCUCCUGUCCCAGGAGGCCAUCUUCACGACAACAAGAGACAAGCCACUGGCAGCUCCUCUUCCUCCCACUCCAGGGGACAGUCUGGUGACCGUAAGAGACCCGCCACUUCCUCUUCCUCCUCUUCAGCCAAUCAGAACACGUCGUCUGACGUCGAAUUGUCCAGUGAGGAGGAGGUGCCAGCAGCACCAUUCUCCUUAGCAACCAAACCGUCUAGUACUGCGUCCGUCGCCGUCAGAGGUCCGGACCUGACACGUGAUAGGUCUAGGUCCCCUAGGAGAGACCCACCCAUUGAGCUGGACCAACCCCCUGCUGCAACAGAACCUCUUACAAGAGAACCCCUGAAUGACCCUAGAAAAUCACCUGAAGAAGCCGCAGGUCACAUGACCAACACAUCGCCAAGAAGAAUCACCACCGUUGAACUGGACCCACCGCCACCCCCUGCAAGAGAUCCGUACACACCCGCCAAGAAUCCUGCUGAAACGACCCAAACAACCCAUUUACGUUUAGUCACCCCUACGAAGGAGAAGCCUGUUGAAGCUGAGUGGGAGCCUCUUCCAGAGAUCUCCAACAGAUCUGGUCCAAUCGGCACGUCCACCUCUCCUACCCGUGCUGCCAACAACCUGUCCCCUGGACGUACCAACCUGUCCCCCAGCCUGGCUCGUCAAACCUCUAGGGAGACCUUCCUACCCUGCCACUAUUGCCCCAGCCAGGGCUCUCUCCCUGCGGUGAAGACCUGCCUAGUGUGUGGAGCCUCCAUGUGCUCCGAACACCUCCGGCCUCACCUGGAGUCCCCUGUCUUCCAGAGCCACACCCUGGUACCCCCUGUGGAGGACACCUCACCCUGGAGGUGCCCGGAACACCAGGAGAUGAACCGAAUCUACUGCCGUCAGUGUAGUGUGUGUGUCUGUACCGUGUGUACCGUGAUCGGGUCGCACCGGGACCACGCUUGCGUCAGCAUCAGAGAGGCCGAGAGGGAGCUGAGGGGGAACCUGAAACAGGAGAUGAAGAAGAUGCAGGGAACGGAACAGUCUUUAAUCAGCAGAGUGACUGAGAUGACAGAGAAGAAACAGAGAUUCCAGGUGUUGCUAGGUGACGCGCGUGCGGGUGUGCAGCAGCAGUACGAGACCAUGCGUGAGGCCCUGCAGCAGGAGGAGGACACGGCCCUGCUGUGUGUGACUCGGGAGGAGAGCAGGGCGGUGGGGGGACUGGAGGAACAGCUGACACAGCUACAGGAAACCCUCUCCUCCCUCCAACGGGGUCUUCAUACUCUGGAAGGGCUGGCUGACACCCGGGGCGCCGCACGCGUACAGGAACAGUCCUUCAUCACGGAGUACAGUAAGAUAACCAAAAGUGUGUCUGAGAGCUGUUCUGUGGAGGAGCUGGAGGUUCCACAGGAGGUGGACAGGGCCAGGCUGAGAUGCCUACAGCAGUGGACUGAGAGGCGGCUGGUCUCAGUGGUCAUCUCCCUGCCUGACCGGGACCCCUUCAGGCUGCUCUAUGGUGCCAGCCCCCGUCUGGACCCGGACACAGCCCACCCCAAGCUGCUCAUCUCUGAGGAGAACAGGAAGGUGUCUUACAGCGAGGUCCAGCAGGCCUACCCGGAGCAGGGGGCUCGCUUUAGCUCCUUCCCCCAGGUCCUGGCCUCUAAACCCCUGCAGGGAGGCCGUGCAUACUGGGAGGUGGAGGUGGAGGAAGACGAGGGCAAAUGGAAGGUGGGAGUCUGCGAGGGUCAGAUCGGCCGUAAGGGCCAGAAAGACUCCUGCCGUAUCGGCUUCAACCCCUAUUCUUGGUGCCUGCUGAGUGAGAAGGGGAAGAUAGAAGCCCUGCACGACAAGGUGGCUGUCCCUGUGGAGGUCGACGGACUGGGAAGGGUUGGGGUGUUGCUGGAUUUCGAGGAAGGUAGCCUGUCGUUCUAUAAAGUGGCACAAGGGGGCGCUCUGAGCUUGCUCCAUUGUUUUAAACAGAGGUUCAGUGAACCAUUGUAUCCUGCACUAGCCGUGUCUAAAACCCAGCUCAACAUUCCUGAUCUGUUCCAGGCAGAAUCUGUUAAGUCAGAGUAGUUACACGGGUAAUUCAGUUCUCUAU